AUGGGGUUGCUCAUGCUGCUUCACGUCCUCCUGGUCGCGGCGGCGGCGAGAGCCCCGGCGGCGCAGGCGUGGGGCAAGGAGGGCCACUACAUGACCUGCAAGAUCGCCGACGGUUUCCUGACGAGCGGGGCGUCGGCGGCGGUGAAGGAGCUCCUGCCGUCGUGGGCCAACGGCGAGCUCGCGGAGGUGUGCGCGUGGGCGGACAAGCAGCGCUUCCGGUACCGGUGGUCCAGCCCCCUGCACUUCGCCGACACCCCCGGCGACUGCAACUUCAGCUACGCCAGGGACUGCCACGACACCAAGGGGAACAAGGACGUGUGCGUGGUAGGAGCUAUCAACAACUACACCGCCGCGCUGGAGGACCCCUCCAGCCCGUAUGAUCAGACGGAGAGCCUGAUGUUCCUGGCGCACUUCGUGGGCGACGUGCACCAGCCGCUCCACUGCGGCCACGUGGACGACCUCGGCGGCAACACCAUCAAACUCCGCUGGUACAGGAGGAAGAGCAACCUGCACCACGUGUGGGAUUCGGACGUGAUCACACAGGCCAUGAAGGACUUUUACAACAGGGACCAGGACACCAUGAUCGAUGCCAUCCAGCGCAACAUCACCGAGGUCUGGUCCAGCGAGGAGAAACAGUGGGAGGCGUGCGGCAGCCAAACCAAGAUCACCUGCGCCGAAAAGUACGCCAAGGAGAGCGCAUUGCUGGCCUGCGACGCGUACGAGGGCGUCGAGGAAGGCGACACCUUGCGAGACGACUAUUACUUCCGCGCGUUGCCGGUUGUCGAGAAGAGGAUCGCUCAGGGGGGCGUGAGGCUGGCGGUGAUCCUUAACCAGAUCUUCAGUGGGGAGAAUAGCAGGCUGCAGAGCAUGUGA